UUUCCAGGCUCACUACCAUAACGGAUUGAGUCACAAGUUGUUAAUAAUUUUAUGUAGGGAUCAGCUGUUAUAGUUUAGUUUGUGUAGAAUUUGACAUGAUGUAUAUAUAGUUCAUAUUAUCAUAUAGGUUUUUUUUUUUUUUUUUCUUUUUGGUAAAAAACAUGUGCAUGUUUUUUUUCUUGUUCUGGCAACACACAUUUUACUUGGUUAAGAUUCAUUGUUAAUUCUUUUAAAUAGAAGAAAAAAAAAUUAGAGCGUGAAAUGAGGUAAGACAGACAAAUUUAGUUGAAAAAAUUAAAAGCCUAGCCAAAAAGUGUCGAACGAAAUGAUUCUCCACUAAUUACGCCUCCAAAAACAUGGAAGUUUCAAAAGUACAACAACCAUAAUCUGUUAUUGUCCACUCACCAAAAAAAAAAAAUUGGCUUAAUUUCUUCCGACAUCUUCCUUUGUUCAUCAUUUUUGGUCUAAUUGAUUCUCUCCCGAAGGCGAUUUUGAACCGGGUAAAAUGAGCCGUCUCCGAGCAUUUUCUGCGCCGGAUUUAGUUCCUUCUGAUUCUGGAUCUAUUACAUCAUCACCAACAAGAACCAUAGAGCACCAAUCUCAUGAAGAUUCUGGUUUAGAAGGAAUCACUACGAACGUGAAGCUACUGCUGAAACUCGUUCAAGAUCACAACGAAGCAACCUCGAGGCACCACGAUGAUUGGAAGGUCCAGAGAGUCAACACGAUGAUGACGAUUCUCGAUGAUCUAAAGACACGAAUCCAGAAAGCUCAACAACAAUCAUCAUCUGGGAAAAAAGAGCUUAGACGAUGCUUCACAGAUCUGAAACCGGGUCAUGAUCUAACCAAGAGUCCAACAAAGCCGCCACAGAACGAUCCUGAAGAUAUUCAGAAACUGAGAAAAGAGUUAAGCGCGAGUAUGGCUGCAAGAAAGAGUCUUCAAAUGAUGUGUUCGAGUUUAGGGAAGGAGAAAGAGAUUAUGGCUUUGGAGCUUUCGAGGAAAGCUCACGAAUUGAACGAAAUGGAGGAGCUUAUAAGUGAUUUUAGGGCUCAAAAUGAGAAAUUACUUAAGAAAGUGCAGAAUUGCGCGGCAGAGCAUAAUAAGGAGAAGAAAGGAGAUGUUGAUUGUCCAGAGGACAACAAUGUGCCUCUACAGGGAAGAAACAAAGAGUUAUCUGAACAGCUUCUCAAGUCUAUUGACGGAUACCGAUCUUUGAAAAGGAAAUACAAAGAUGUUCAAGAAGAAAAUGGAUCAAUGAGACGAGCGCUUAGAGAUUAUGCAGAAGGAGUGAAUGUUGGGACUCAGAGACUAACCAAGUUGCAUGAAAAGAUCACAAGAAAAGAUGAAGUGAAUAUUGAGAAUGAGAUUUCAGAUUUAGAGAAGUUGUUUCAAGGGCUUGGUUUAAAGAUUUCGAAUCAUUCCCAAAAGAAGUAAAAGAAACAGAGAUUUUCAUUUAUGUAUCAAAACAUAGAUUCUAAUCAUGUAAUUUUGGAAUUUUUUCACUUGAAUUCUUGCUAGGUAACAAGAAUUCUGAGAUUUGUCUCUCCUUUUCUUAAAUUUGGAUUUAGCAAUUUGCUCAUAGGUCUAUUGGAAGCCGUAAUCCGUCGUGAGCAAGCUGUACAUGGAUUCCUUCCCUAGAAAUCAACACAGUAUACUAGCAUUCAGCGAUGUUGAUUUAUAGAAAUGUUAUAACAUUGUGUCAUUGCAUACCUUAGAGACCAUUCCACUAGUAUCUCAUUGUAUUCAUGGUGAUCAAAGUCGUGUGUCAUGCCCGUUAAAAGCGCUCUCUU